UUAUGUUUCUUCUAAGCCGACCACCCACACAAUAAACUUCCAUAUUUUUACAGGUUUUCCUAAGAAAACCAUUCCCCUAACGACAAAACAUCCUUCAAGAAUACCACAUAAAUCAGACCCAACCUCGCAUCUUCAACUACAAACUUACUAUAUUUUAAAAACAAAACACAGAUGAAGAAAGCAGAACUGGUUUUCCUUCCAUUGCCGGAAACCGGUCACCUUGUUUCAAUGGUGGAGCUUGCAAGGCGCCUAGUUGAUCAGGAUGAUCGCUUCUCCAUCACCUUCAUUAACACGGCUGCACCGUUUGGUAGCACAACCAUUGCUGACAUUGAAUCACUUGGCAACUCCGUAGCUGAUACUGGGAUAUCCUUCAUCAAUCUUCCUGAAGUCACCAUUGACAAACCUGCAUCACAAGACCACACAGGAGCUCUAUUCAUAGAAAACCAAAAACCCCACCUCCUACAUGCCAUCACCCAACACGUAAAUUCCAAAUCAAACUCCAACUCGGUUCAACUUGCAGGCUUUAUUGUCGACUUCUUCUGGGUAAGCAUGAUUGAUGUAGCAAACCAACUAGAUGUUCCAACUUAUAUGUACUUCACCUCUGGUGCAGCAACACUUGGUGUCCUCCUCCAUUUUCCAACCCUCCAUAACGAAAUCAUGACCGAGUUGAAGGACUAUAAGGGUGAGUUAUUGAUCCCAAGUUUCUUCAACCCGGUUCCCCCAUCUGUGCUGCCCAAGGUGUUUUUGGACAAAACUACUGAAGCAUAUGCUUGCUUCCUCUAUUACAGUCAGAGGAUGAAAGAAACAGCAGGUAUUAUUGUAAAUACUUUCACUGAGCUUGAAUGCCAUGCAAUGAACUCAUUCCAUGAUGGCCAAACUCCUCAGGUCUACCCUAUUGGACCGUUGCUCAAUCUCAAGGGUCAUUCUGGGUCUAACGAGGCCAAAGAAGAAAAGAUUAUGAAAUGGCUCGAUGAUCAGCCUCCAUCUUCAGUUAUCUUCCUAUGCUUUGGAAGCAGGGGGUCAUUCAGUGAAGCCCAGGUAAAAGAGAUCGCACUUGGGCUUGAGCAGAGUGGGCACCGCUUCUUGUGGUCACUGCGUAGGCCACCAAGCGCCGGGAAUGGUCCUGGUACCACCAGUGAUUUCACAUAUCUUGAGGAAGUCCUGCCUGAUGGGUUCUUAGGUCGGACGGAGGGGAGGGGGCUGAUUUGUGGAUGGGUCCCGCAGACAGCAAUACUGGCUCACCAAGCAGUUGGAGGGUUUUUAUCUCACUGUGGAUGGAACUCCAUAUUGGAGAGCUUGUGGUAUGGUGUACCGAUUGUUGUCUGGCCACUUUACGGAGAACAGAAACUCAAUGCAUUUGAGCUGGUUAGGGAGUUUGGAUUAGGGUUUGACAUGGGGUUGACCAUGAGGACUGAUGAAGGUGCUGUGGUGACAGCAAAGGAAGUGGAGAGAGGGGUGAGGUUAGUAAUGGAUUGUCAUGAUAGUAAGGAGGUGAGAAGAGUGAAGGAGAUGAGAGAGAAGAGCAGAAUGGCUGUUAUGGACACUGGAUCUUCCUUCGAUUCAUUGAGGCAGUUGAUCAAGGACAUCAUGGAUAGGUUCUGAUGGUGGUGAUGGUAGUUGGUCCCACUCAAGCAAAAAAUUUACACCAUCAACCUUUUGUCUUAACCAUGUGGAGGAUGUGGGCUGAAUGGGUAUUUGAAGAUAAUUGGAGAUAUGUAUAACUCAGUUUCUGAUCAAUACAGAGCUUAUUUAUUGGUGAUUAGAAUUGUUAUAUGUUAGAAGUCCAUGUUAUCUGCUUUCAUGUUUAUGACUUUUGUGUAGAUUUGAGUUCUGCUUUGGUUUGCUUCUGUAUGGAAAGAUUUGAUGGUUAUAAUUUUAUUGUGUUUCUAUGCAACACUUCAAUAAAAUCCUUUAUGUUUCUUAUCUA